AUGACUAGAUUCACAGAUGCCACCAUGGAAAUACCUUAUCUCAACCCUGCCGUCCACCUACAUGCCCUCAAAGCUGGUCUCCGACCCAGAAAGUUCAGAGAAAUAAUCGCGGUUACAAAACCAAAGACACUAGAAGAAUUUCGGGAAAGAGCAGCAGAACAAAUGGAGAUUGAAGAACUCCGUGAGGCCGAAAAAACCGAAAGAAGACUGAGAAGGGAAGAUGACAGAACACCCAGAUCGGAGAGCACUAAAGACCUCAGCAAACCAUUCAAGCUCACCCCAAAAUUUGACAACUGCACCAGAUUCAAUACGAAGAGGGAAAAGAUAAUCAAAGAGAUACUCAACGCCAAGAUUAUAAAACCACCAGCAAGAGCUGGGAGCUACCAAGAUCAGCAAUUCGUCGACAAAAGCAAACACUGUGCCUUCCACCAAAAAUAUGGUCACACAACCGACGAGUGCAUGAUAGCCAAAGAUCUCCUAGAAAGAUUAGCUCGGCAGGGCCUCCUAGAUAAGUACAUCGAAGGACGGAAGUACAAAGAGAGUGACAUGAACAAAGAGGAAUGCCAGAAAACCUCGGCAAGCAAAGAUACCAACAAAUGGUCAAACAACAACCCACCUAAAGGGGUUAUAAACUGCAUAUCCGGGGGAUUCGCGGGAGGAGGCGAAACAACCUCGGCACUGAAGCGAAGCUACCACGCAAUGCUAGCAAUCGAAGGAACAACGCCACCAAACAACAAAGAUACGCAUGACCUAGAAAUCACUUUCAACCAAACUGACAUAUGCUCGGCCGCCCCUCACUCAGACAAUCCGGUGGUAAUCUCUAUCCAAACAGGCAACCUUUUGGUAAGAAAAGUCCUUUUGGACCCAGGUAGUAGUGCAGAUGUCCUCUUUUACUCUACUUUUUCAAAAAUGAAUCUAUCUGAGAAACUAAUGCAACCCUCGUCCGGAGAAUUAGUAGGAUUCUCUGGAGAAAGAGUGCCGAUUAAGGGUUAUAUAUGGCUAAGGACCACGAUGGGAGAUGACCCGUUAUCAAGAACCUUAGACAUACAAUACCUAAUAGUUGACUGCCCUAGUCCUUACAAUAUUAUUCUCGGAAGACCUGCUCUAAACAUGUUCAGAGCAGUCAUAUCUACUUAUCAUCUAUGUGUUAAAUUUCAGGCACAAGGUGGCAAGAUAGCGACAAUACAUUCUGACCGCCAACAAGCUCGGCAAUGCUAUAAUGCAAGCCUAAAAAGAUCGGACACAAGCCAGAAAUAA